AUGGGGCACCAGCAGCAGCAGUGCCUAAUAGUAUUUCUAUGUCUCGGGGUUGCCCUGACAUCGUCAGCGAGUCGUAGAGAAGAGCUUGAGAAGGCAGCGGAAGUCGCUGUGGAAAAAUCAGCCGAAAGAGCAGCCGAGAGAGCAGUGGAGAAGGCCCUCGACAGCGGAAACACCACUACGGAAUCCAAAAUCGUCCGCGAGUCUUAUGCGAACAUUAGAAAAGAUCCGCAAAAAGAGAAGAAGGAGAAUGACGAUUACGGCAAUAGGUAUGUGCCGGUGGAAGACGAGGUGGAGCAAGAGGAAGACGUCGACGACUGGAGCACGUAUUCUCGAGGUUCGAGAUCUUAUCCGCGAAACUUGAGGGGCAGAGGUUUUCGCGCAUGGUCGAGCAAGCUCGAUUUCCAAGACACAUCGGAUAUCUGGAGAAGAUUCCCGCGGAGCGAAUGGUCUUACGAGGACACCAUCUGGGACAAGCCAAGCGAGAAGGUUGUGACUUUAGAGAAGAAGGUUCCGGUACCCGUGACUGUCGAAAAGAAGGUGCCAUUCCCUGUUUACAAGCACGUGCCGUACGAAAUCAAGAUACCGGUGCCGCAGCCGUACACGGUGGAGAAGAGGGUGCCGUACCCGGUGAAGGUGUACGUGCACGUGCCGGUCGAGAUACCGGAACCUUACCAGGUUGAGAAGCAGGUUCCUUAUAAAGUCAAGGUCGACAAUCCCGUGCCGUACAAGGUCGAGGUGCCGGUACCGCAGCCGUACACGAUUGAGAAGAGAGUUCCGAUCGAGGUGAAGGUGCCGGUGCCGCAGCCGUACACCGUCGACAAGCCGGUACCCUACGAGGUGAAGGUACCAGUCAAGGUACCGACCCCGUACGAGGUCGAGAAAAAGGUGGCGGUGCCGGUAAAGGUGACAGUGGACCGGCCGUAUCCGGUACCGGUGCCUAAACCUUACCCGGUGGAGGUUACUAAAUCGUAUCCGGUGGAAGUGCCCAAGCCGUACCCCGUGAAAAUCAAAGUACCCGUGGAUAAGCCGUAUCCAGUGGCGGUGGAGAGACCGGUUCCGGUACCUGUUGAAGUGCCAGAUCCCCGGCCGUACACCGUGGAAAAGCGCGUGCCAGUAGAAGUGGUGAAACCGUACUCCGUUCCGAUUAAAGUGCCGCUGGAUAAGCCGUACGAGGUGUACGAGGCGAAGCCAGUACUCGUCCCCGUGAAAAAGCCAUUUCCUUACGUCGUACAAGUACCGGUGCCCGUCAAACUUGGUUGGAAAGAUCGAGGCAACAUCAAGGAUAAAGAGGACCUGGCGGAGAGCGAGAGCGCCGAGACUGAGUGGCGGCGGCCGCGAUGGUUAGAUCACGAAUCGUUCAAGCGAUAAAAUCGCAGAGGCAUUUUCGAAAUGCCGCAAGUAAAUUACGGUAUUAACACACACGUUGCACCGACUAUCUUUUACGCCUAACGACGAGAAGUACAUUCUAUACAAUUUGGAGAAAAAGAUCGAAUCCCACUAAAAGACUUAAGUUCCUCGUGUUUAGGAUAAUUCAGAGUUAUAUCUGCUGCAUGAUUUCUGAAGUUUCGUACCAACAUGUAGGGAAAU